UACUCUUUUCAGUUUCUUCCUCCCGGAGACGGAUGCAAAGCAGCUCCAGUCCGCACUCUAUAGCCGUUUGUUUCCCCAUGCAUUUCAAUGGGCACACGAGCUCUACAGUCCAAAUCAAUUUACGCAGACAAAGCCAACUUAACCACCUCAAAGCUUUUACGUGCUUCGCUCAAAACUCCUUUGGCGCCUCUUUCAACAGCACAAGCCUCACCGAGGCGUCACUGUCUUACUCAUCUCUGAUUCAACUAUGUACGGAGGAGAAGUCCUCAACAGACGUGGGGAAAAUCCAGACCCACAUGAUCAAAUCUGGUUUUUACCUAAAUAUAGGCAAUAAGGUUAUGGAUGCGUACGUGAAGUGCGGUAGAGUCGAGGAUGUUCGUCAAGUAUUCGAUGAAUUGCCUAAUAAGCACAUAGUUACGUGGAAUUCAAUGAUUUCUUGUUACACUAGCCUUGAAAGGAGUAAAGAAGCUAUUGGGCUUUAUGAGAGAAUGGUUUUGGAGGGAGUUUUACCCGAUGAGUACACGUUCUCCAGUGUCUUCAAGGCUUUUUCUGAUCUGGGUACUGUACUUGAAGGCCGGAGAGCUCAUGGGUUGUCAGUGGUUUUGGGUUUGGAGGUUUUGAAUGUGUUUGUUGGCAGUGCUCUUGUUGAUAUGUAUGCUAAGUUUCGUAAAUUGAGAGAUGCAAGGCUUGUGAUGGACCGCGUUGUGAAGAAAGACGUGGUUUUAUUUACAACUUUAAUUGUUGGUUACAACCAGCAUGGUGAAGAAGGUGAAGCUCUCCAGGUCUUUGGAAAAAUGACCAAUGAAGGAAUUAAGGCUAAUGAGUAUACUACUGCAAGCAUCUUGAUCAGUUGUGGGAAUUUAAGUCUAACCAUCAAAUCCGGCUUCGAAUCUGCUGUUGCCUCUCAGACUUCACUUCUUACUAUGUAUUCCAGAUGUGGCUUGAUAAUUGAUUCUUUAAAGGUUUUUAAACGAUUUUAUAAUCCGAACCAGGUGACUUGGACAUCUCUUAUGGUGGGUCUCGUGCAAAAUGGUGGAGAGGGCAUUGCUUUGACAAAAUUCAGACAAAUGAUUCGCAUUUCAAUAAUCCCCAAUUCUUUCACAUUAUCUACUGCUCUUCAGGCAUGCUCAAAGCUUGAGGAAGGAAGACAAAUCCAUGGCAUAGCCACGAAAUUAAAUUUGGACACAGAUAAAUAUGUAAGUGUCGCCCUCAUUGACAUGUAUGGUAAGUGUGGAAAUACAGAAAUGGCAAGGUCUGUUUUUGAUGCUUUGAUUGAAUUUGACGUGGUAUCCGUUAAUUCCAUGAUCUAUGGUUAUGCCGAAAAUGGUUUUGCAUGUGAAGCGCUUGAACUAUUCAACACAAUAAAAGAUUUGGUACUUGAGCCCAAUGCCGUCACGUUUUUGAAUGUUCUCUUAGCUUGCAACAACGCUGGGUUAGUUGAAGAAGGCUGCCGAAUCUUUGCCUCCGUCAGGGACAAUCAAAAUAUUGAAUUGUCCAGAGAUCACUAUGCUAGUAUGGUCGAUUAGCUGGGACGUUCUGCGAGACUUGAAGAGGCCGAAAUGUUAAUAGAACACGUAAGGAAUCCUGAUGUGGUCCUAUGGAGAAUACUUUUAAGUGCUUGUAAGAUUCAUGGAGCAGUGGACAUGGCAGAAAGAGUUGUAAACAGAGCCCUGGAGCUUGCUCCAGAGGACGAGAGGACUUACGCCCUGCUGUCGAAUCAUUAUGCUUCCAGUGGAAAUUGGAACCAGUUUAUUGAGGUGAAAAGUGCAAUGAAGGAGAUGAAAUUGAAGAAAAUUUCUGCAAUGAAUUCGGUUGAUAUUAAAAAGGAUGUUCAUACUUCCAAAGCCGAAGAUUGGUCUCACCAAAGAUGUGAAAAGAUAUCUGAAAUGUUAGAAGAACUAAUUGAGAAGGUCAAAAUAUACGGGUUUUAUUCCUGAUGCAUAUUUGUGUGGUAGGACUUGGAUGAGGAGAAAGAGAUUUUUUUUUGUCUCAUGACAGUCGGAUGCUAUCCAUAGCAAUUUUGCUCUGUGGACUGUGGAGGAUAAGCAAUGAGACUAGUGGUAUUGGAAUCCUCAAGAACCUUGAAGUUAUGAAGAUUCUCACACUUGGCCAAUUAGAUUUAUCUCCGAAGUACAUAUAGAAGAAAAGAAUGCAGUGCUGAAUGCAGAAACAGACCUCUGGAGAUGUAAAUGGACUUGUUCGGCAAGAUGCUGCUUGACGUGUGCACUCACUGAAGAGUGAAAGAUAAUGGAAUCUCUUGCCUUCCCCAAGGAACCCCUGCUUCUUCAACCUGAUAUUGGGGUAAACCAUGGACCGUGCAUCGAUCAGGAAGCGCUCAAUUGCAGUGGAAGCUUUAAAUAGCACCAGAAUUCUUAGAAAGGGGAAGAAAAAUCGGAAUUGGACUUGGAUGAGGAUAGGGCAUAAUAUAAUCAGAGUGAAAGCCAGGGUGCAGAAAUAAGGCUACUGUUAUCAAGAUUCUCAAGAACUUCGGAGUUUGUGGGAUUUAUCAAACUUGCAUAGAAUUCGUCCACCAACUAAUUCAUUCUGUAACUUAUGAAUUGAUCCUCAGCUACAUCAUGAGCCACUGGCCAACGAUUGAUCCACGUGGAUGUGUGUUUCUCAGUAUUGGAGACAGGUUUGGAUUCAAGCUUCUGUUUAAUUUAGACAUGAGUUAAUUAUUAAGUUAACAUGUACUGUGUUAAUGAUUUUAGAUUCUAUUUAUGUAAUUUCUUAUUUUUCGUCUGUCUAAUGACUUCAUUUUAAAUUAAAACAAACAAAAAAACAGGAGAAAAUAAGAUACACUAGUGAGUGUUCAUGUCAAGAAAAAUUGUGCUUUAUUUGGUCCAUUUGUAUAAAUUUCCAUGCUUUAUGUGAGCUUCAUUACGACAGAGUUAGUUUCUUUACAUGCUUAAAAAGUUAACGCUCUCAUUGAUUCA